CCACGACUUUCAGCAGCAACAGCAUUCUCACUGCCGUGAUUGUAAUUCUCUGCUCAAAGGGCUCUUUUGUCGGGCGAGGCUUUGCCUGAUGGAUCCACCGCCCCCCGCCGCGCAGCUUCUCAAUCCGAAGGCCUUCAAGAAGGCAACCGAAGAUGAAGCCCAGUCCCAGUGGUCAGGAAGCGCAAAUGGAGCCUUUGCGCCACAGGCCUACAAUCCACAGAUGCUGCUCAACCCAAGAGCUGCCCAGAGGCUGCCUGUAAGAGAACAGGCCCCAGGAAAUAGGAACUCACCCGCAAGUGGUAUGAGUUCUUUCAUUGAACGCAUGCACAAUGUCGAAGAUCGCUCCGCACACCCAUCAAAACGCGUGAAGCGAGAACACGACGGUCCGAAGACGUCUCUAUCGGCCGGACACAGUUCCGGGGGAGUGCUUGACUUGCAAGGAAGCCGAACUCCAGAAGACAAGCCACCGGCGCGAGGACUGCCUGCAGUUGUGGACUUGACCCUUGGUAUGUCGCCUACUUUCCAAUGGCUUAUCCUCAAUCUUAGUCGCAUAGCUAACAACUCCUCAGACGACGAUGAAGAUGACGAGGUAGUCUUCGUCAAAGAUCUUGGCGAUGAGAUUGUCUGUGUUGGCAAAAUAAAGCUCGCAUAUGUCCAAGCAUCGCAAGUCCCCAAGCAAAAAGUCGGAGGCUACCAAGGAUCUUCGAACUGGCAGCCGCGCUUGAAGAUAUCUCUCCGACGACGAGCCGGCCAGAAUAAUACCGCCAUCGGAGCGAUAGAUCCAUCCGGUAUGCAAUAUGGCUGGAUCGAUAGAAAGACUGCCGCUGGACUCGCGCCACUGAUGGACAGUGAGCCGACAAGCAAAUUGAAGUGGAUUGCCGUGACAGAAGCUGUCAAACGAAAAGAACCUCCCGGUGCCGUCAUCUCUGGACUUCUGCCAAUCAUUAUCCAACUUUACUGCCCAAGGAAGAAUGCAGGUCACGUGGGAAGAUUUCUUAGAGGCCACAACAUCGUUCUCGACGCCCCGAGUCACGAACCCCACAAGUUCCCCUACGUCAAUCCGCAACAAAUGAAGGUUCCCCUGGUCAGCAGCUCGGUUGCGUACCAGCCUUCUGGCUUGGGCCAACCUGCACAGCAACCCAACAACUACAUCAACCGCAGCGUCGAGGAAGUGCGGAACGACGUACAAAAAAUGUUCAACAGCAUUACAAAGACGGAAGAUAUACCUCUCAAAGAACAAGACCCAGCGAUCCUUACUCCACUGUUGGGUCACCAGAAACAGGCUCUCUAUUUUAUGAGCGAGAGGGAACGUGCUCACACUGGAGAUGACGACGAAGACCAAAAAGACGCGAUGUAUGAGCUGAAAUACCGGGACAAUGGUCGCAAAUAUUACUUUAAUGUUAUCACCGGACAAGAGACUCAGGCCAAGCCAGAUCGAGUUCUAGGUGGCAUACUCGCUGAUGAGAUGGGCCUAGGCAAGACUCUGAGCAUUUUGUCCUUGAUAGCGCAGUCAGAUAGCCGCCAAGCAGCCGACUUAUUCGCCAGACAGGCCGUUGACAGGCAGAACGAGCAACAGACCCUGGUCAGAAACUGCAAAGCAACCUUGCUCGUGUGUCCAGUCAGCACGAUAGCCAACUGGGAGGACCAAAUCAAUACCCACGUUGCAAAGAAGAUUCUCAGGACGUACAUCUACCAUGGCUCUGGCAGGACCCAGGACAUCGAUGACCUCGCCAAGUACGAUCUGGUGCUCACGACCUACAGUACAAUUGCUGCGGAGUAUAUGCGCGGGAAGGCCCUUGAAAAGAUCAACUGGUUCCGCAUUGUUCUUGAUGAAGCGCAUAGCAUUCGUACUCAAACUACUCGGCAAUCUAUCGCAAUCUGUGGACUGUCAGCUGCGCGUCGCUGGGCAGUGACCGGCACACCGGUGCAAAAUCGACUUGAUGAUUUGGGUGCUCUGCUCAAGUUUCUUCGCAUCAAGCCGUUCGAUCACAAACAUGGCUUCACUCAAUGGAUCUUGAACCCUUUCAAGAAUGCAGACCCAGAUGUGCUACCGAAGCUUCGCCUCCUGGUCGACAACAUCACUUUACGUCGCCUCAAGGAAGGACUCGUAGAUCUGCCCCCUCGGCACGAUCAUAUCGUCAAGCUGCAAUUCUCGUCAGACGAGCGGACGUUGCAUGACUGGUUCGAAAAGGAUUCUGCUCGCCAAGUGAACGCGGUCACGACUAUGCGCGCCGAACAGAAGGGAUUAGGAGGUUCUGCAUACGCUCGAAUUCUUCUCGCAAUCCUCAACCUUCGUCUGAUUUGUGCGCAUGGACAAGAGCUUUUGAGCGACGAAGCUAUGAAAUCCUUGGAAGGGAUCAGCUAUGAAAACUCUAUCGAUCUAAGAGACGACGAUGAGGAAACAGAAAAACCCUCACUCUCAGCUAAACAGGCCUACGAUUUCAUGCACCUUUUGCAAGAAAGUGACAGCGUUAAUUGUCAGAUCUGCGAUUGCAAGCUGAACGAGCCGGACGAGGAGGAUAGAAAUGGAAAUGCGAAGAACACGCUCGGCUUCAUGAAUCCUUGCUACCACGUCAUCUGCACUAGCUGUGUAGGCGCGUUCCGCCAGAAGCUCGAGUCGAUCGCUACAUCAGAUGGCUUCUGCCAAUGUCCCUUGUGCGAGCAAUAUGUUCGCAUAGGGCUGUUCGAACUGAAGCAGAAAGAUUGGGACGAGCACGAGGAAGCCCUAGAACGCGUGAAAGAGAACCCUAGGCUGGCGAAGAAGAUGGGCAGAUAUAUCGGACCGCACACGAAGACGAAAGCGCUGCUAGAGGAGCUGAAGAAGGACCAAGAAUGGAGCGAGGCUCACCCCAACGAGGCGCCAGUUAAGAGCGUCAUCUUCUCCUCCUGGACGACCCAUCUAGACCUCAUCCAAAUCGCCCUCGAAAAUCACGGCUUCCGCUACACCCGCCUCGACGGCCGUAUGAACCGCCCGGCCCGCGGCGCCGCCCUUAAAGCCUUCGCCACAGACCCCGAAGUCCCCAUCAUGCUCGUCUCCAUCGCCGCCGGCGGGCUCGGACUGAACCUGACCACUGCAAACAAGGUCUACGUGAUGGAGCCGCAAUUCAAUCCCGCCUCCGAAGCGCAGGCUGUCGACCGUGUCCACCGUCUCGGCCAAAAGCGCGAGGUCUUCAUCACGCGCUAUAUCAUGGACAACUCGUUCGAGGAGAAGAUGCUAGAGCUGCAGCGGAAGAAGCGGGAUCUGGCUGAUCUGAGUAUGGGUAGGGAGAAGAUCACAAAGGCGGAAGCUGCGCGGAGGAGGUUGGAGGACUUGCGGAGCUUGUUCCGUUGAUGAGAGAUGCACGUAUGCUGGCUUCACGACCUUUCUUUUCACGACAUCGGAGCACGCUAUAGAAGCGCCGCUGGUGAGCAGGUAGGGAGGCAG